AUGAUAUUAGUAUUUUCACUACAGAUUAAGCUCAUCGCGCAGUUUUUAGCUACAGAUGCUCGUAACAAUACGAUAAUGAUCCACAGGCAUGUCUAUCGUGGCCUCGGUCGAGCGUUCUCGUUUGCUCCUAGCAGAUUCGUACGACACCUGCAUCUGCUAAACUCUGGAAACGCACAAAAAUUCACCGAAUGGCCCUGGGGAAAGCCGUCAUUCAAUCAUCUUCCACCAGAUGAGCGUAAGAACUCGAACAUCUUGGCUUUAAACUUCGCCAAAAAAUCUGACAACGUGUACGUUAGAGAUCAGGCAUUCAAGGCUCUUGUUGACAACUCUUUGGGUUUCAUUUUCAAUUCAAAAUUGACGGCUUUUACUUUGCUGGAAAAGGAAGCUAAGAAGUAUGCCUGGCUGAGAAUUAGAGAGUACUUGUAUGUGCAACUUCGAAACACACAACUGGAGAAAGAGGCGAAAGAGUAUGCUCCAACAGUGACUGAAUUUAUCCGACCAUCAAAUCCAAACACAUUGGUUUGCCAGUUACUGCACUGUAAUGAAAUAUCAGACGACAGCUGGGGUAAGAUUUUGGAUUCCGAAAACAAUAUAUCCGUCCAGCAAAAGUUCAACCAUAUUAUAGGAAGCGUUUUUGAUUACAUUUUCGAGCAAGAGAUGUUGCCAUUGGUAUCUCCGAUUAGAUCAAGCACAAAUAGUGCCGAGGACAUCGAUAUUUCGAAUCCCUCGGAGUGGUUUCCGGAAGCUCGAAAACUGAGGAGACGCAUCAUAAUGCACAUAGGUUCGACCAACUCAGGAAAAACAUACCGUGCGCUUCAGAGAUUGAAGCAAUGCGAUCGAGGUUAUUAUGCCGGCCCUUUAAGACUUCUCGCAAGAGAAGUUUACGAAAGAUUCAAGAACGAAAACAUUCGAUGCAACUUACUCACUGGAGAAGAAGUUAUAGAAGAAAUUGAUGAUAUGGGGAACCCGGCUGGUUUGACUUCAGGAACUGUUGAGAUGGUGCCAUUAUCACAAAAAUUCGACGUGGUGGUCCUGGACGAAAUUCAAAUGAUGGGUGACUCAGAUCGAGGCUGGGCUUGGACGAACGCUUUGCUUGGGUGCAUUGCCCGCGAGGUCCAUUUAUGUGGAGAGAAAAGUGCUCUCCCGCUAGUUGAAAAAAUCGUAAAGAUGACUGGAGAUGAGCUCAUAGUUAAUGAGUAUGAAAGAUUAGGCGAGCUAAGAAUCGAGGAGAAUGCUCUUGAAGGCGGUUUGAAGGGACUGCGUAAGGGUGAUUGUGUGGUUGCGUUUUCCAAAAAAAAAAUCUUGGAUUUAAAGCUCAAGAUAGAGAAAGUCACGGACCUCAAGGUAGCUGUAAUUUACGGGUCCUUACCUCCAGAAACGAGGAUACAACAAGCGAAUAAGUUCAAUUGCGGCGAAUAUGACGUACUUGUUGCGUCAGAUGCCGUGGGAAUGGGCUUGAAUCUUUCCAUUGAGAGAGUAAUUUUCACCACCCACAUGAAAUUCAACGGUCAGGAAAUGGUGGAGUUGACUUCUUCUAACGUUAAACAGAUUGGCGGGCGUGCAGGGCGGUUUAAGGUUGCCAAUGUGUCUGCCGGCAGUGGAGUUGAUGAGAAGAAAAAAGCUGCGGUUGGUUUCGUAACGGGCGUGGACCCUGUGGUUUCGAGCGCAGUGAAGGCCGGGAUGACGUCUCCCAUAGAGUAUUUGCAGUCAGCAAUUGUGUGGCCGACAGAUGAGAUUUGCGGUAAAUUGAUGACACAUCUACCGGCUGGGUCGCGAGUGUCGACGCUUUUAGAGACUCUAGCAGCCGAAGUGGAGAAAAGAUCCGCUAAACUAUUCACCUUGAGCGAUUUGAAAAACAGGCUAAAUAAUAUUGCCAUGUUUGAGCACAUGGAUGGAAUCCCAUUUUUCGAGAAAAUGCGACUCAGCAAUGCGCCAGUCAAGGACUUUCCGCUGGUCAAGCGAGCCUUUGUGAACUUCUGCACCACGAUAGAGCAGCGCCAGACGCGGUCCUUGACCAGUUAUCCUUUUUCCUUCGAUAUUUUGGACCCGCGGAAUAUCGACAACGACAAACUCUCUUUGGAGCACUACGAGUCACUACACAACAUCAUCAUGCUAUACUUCUGGCUAAGCAAUCGCUACCCAAGCUAUUUCAUUGAUCAGCAAAGUGCACAUGAGCUUAAAAACAUUUGUGAGAUGAUCAUUUUCGAGAAACUCGACCGUUUGAAACGCAAUCCGUACAUCAAAAAAUUGGGCAUACGUUCCAAAUCCACUCGCAGCAGAAAGAAUAAGAUAAUCUGA